AGCACAUGCAGCAGCCCACCAACGCCUCGAACCGGCCCAAAUGGCACACCAAGAAAUUACACGAUGGCGCUUGCCUCCCGCGAGGCUGGCGGGGGCACGGGUUCCUCUUAUGAACCUCCGCUUCCGCCCUGGCCGAGCUUUCACUCACUCCACUGUGACACGGCACGCCAUCUAUCUGCUCUUGAGGCGCCUUCGUUCCUUAUCGCACUCGUUUGCAACUGUCACUCUUUUUGUUGUUUUUGGCCUUUUGGUGUGAAUUGACGAGCAGGAUUUGUGGCUUGCGUUGCUGCAGCUAGUAUUGGCGCAUAUCCCACAUCUGACUUCACUUCGAGGUA